AACGACUAGCCCCAAGAGUGGUAUAUGAACAAUUUUCGAUGAAUAAAAACACCAUUCAACAAUUAAAAAGCGAAGUGAUAAGUUCAGUAAAAAUAAAAAGCUCUAUAAAAACUAAAACAAAAUAAACUAAAGAAAACUUUAAUAAAAUACAUACAUUUUAGUACAAAGAAAAAAAUAAAUUAACACAGUGCAUAUUUAAUAAACAGAAAAAUUGCUAUAGAUUUGCUGUCUAUUUUUUAAACAUUUUUUAAAUAAAUUGUAAUUGUUUUAAAUUGAAAAAAAGUGAAAAAUUGCCUGAAUAAACGAGAGUACAUAGAAAAUUGUGUUGAUUUCUUGGCAAUUGCCACAGAAAAAAAUCACUCGCUUUAUUUAACAAAAGAAUUUUCAAGAAAUAAAUAAAUAGUUUUUGCAAUUGAUUAUUAACAAAAGUAAAAAAAGUAUAGUAUUCUUUUGAAAAAUCAUUAAACUUUUGUCCCUUGAGUUAAUACUCAGCAAGUGUUCAAUGAAUAAUUUAACAACAACUUUACGCCGAUACCCGAAAACACUUGGCAGUGUUGGCAUUUUGACCACAUGUGGGCUCAUUCUUUACGAUAAACGUCGUUUCCAAAGAUUUAUUUCGAAAUUUGUUGACAACAGCAAGGAUCUAAAUGAUAAGACACCAGAACCGGAUUACAUAUACAUCAAAUAUCACAUCUAUAAGGAAUCCAUGCGCAAAUUGAGGCAACAAGAGGAAGACGAUAAAAAAUGGAUUAGUGUUAUUGUAAAUCCUGUGGGAAAAUGGUGGAAAGCUGUAAAGCAUUCGGUUGCCUGGCGUUUAUUGAAUAUUGCACAGACUGGUUCCCAACAUGAACGUUUAAAGGCUGUUAGACAAUUGGCUCGCAUAGAUCACUUGAAAGAUUGGGAUUUUCGUCAUUUGGCUCAGCUAUGUGAUGCUAGAACCGCCGUAUCUUUGGCUCGUUCAGGUGCUGAUACACGUUGGUUUAUACCGGUCCAUAUGAAAGGUUGCAUAAAGAAUCCCAAAGUAUUAUUAUCAGAAUUGCACGAACUUUUGGAACGUCUUAAGCCACGCUCUUGUGUCAAACAUUUCUUUGCUAAAUAUUUUCCCCAACAGGACCCAGUGGAAGACGUUUGUGAAUUCUUCACUCAAGACCACCCCGUAUCCUUUAAUGUUGAAGAAACUGAUAUGCUAAAGGAAAUCAUUUCAUUUUUACAUCAUGUUACCAAAGAACCCGAAGUGGCCGAACAAAUAAUAAAAGACGGUGGAUUAGUUCAUCUCAUGGAGUUGUGCAAAAUGUUUGCCGAUGACAACGAAACUUUAUCGACCCUCUGCAAAGUAUUAGCAAAUAUGUCUGUGGUCAAAGAAAGUGUUGAGCACUUCUUUACCAGUGGUUGGGUUAGUGUUUUAGCGGAAUGGCAGCAAUGUCCCGAUUUGCGCUUGCAAGUGAUAUCUGCCAAGACAAUGGCGAAUCUCGAUCAUGAUGAUCCAAAUUAUACGGUAUAUGCCCCAAAUGUUUAUCCAUUACAUCCACGUUUGCGUACUCGCAGUAAACCAAAAGCCGAUAUUAUUUUUGUUCACGGUCUUUUGGGAGGUGUUUUCAUAACUUGGCGGCAGAAAGAUCGUAGACCCACUGAAUUGGGUCUGUAUGGUAAAAAUGCAUUUUACACCAGUGAAACCGAUGAUGUUUUCUUAGUUGGAGAACAGAGACGUAUUCAAAUGAAAAAGAAUGGCAACGGAAAUAAUAAAGCCAGUGGCAAAUCAAAUGUUAAAGAAAUCGCGGAAACUGUAGCUGAAAAGGGAUUACAUUUAGUAGAAAACAAUAAUGGUGUGCAUAAGGAGGGAAGCAUAGAAACAGAUUCGCUUCUAAAAGCCACCACAAAACAUACAAAUAAACCUUUGCAAAUUAGUGAUGAUGCCACCAAAGAAUUGGUUGAGACAUUGCAAAAUGAGGCUGAGUUGGAUCCAGAAUGGGAAGUUGUUCAUCCGGACAUACCUUUAUCAGCCAAUGAAAAUUGCUCUGGUGAAUUUAGUGUACCCGGCAAUGAAUGGUUAAAUCAGGACCAUGAAGAAGAAUACACUAAUUGUUGGCCCAUGGAAUGGUUGCCAGAAGAUUAUCCUAAUACUAGAAUUAUUGGAAUCGAUUAUACUUCAGCUGUCACAGAGUGGUCUGCCAACUUUACAAAAUACUGCCCUUGUGAAAAAAGCCAAGGGCACUUGGAUGAGCGGGCCACAUCCUUAUUGGAACGUAUAACAAUGGCUGACAUUGGCAACGACAGGCCUGUCGUCUGGAUUGGUCAUUCCAUGGGUGGUAUAUUGACAAAGCUAAUACUAAUGAAAGCUAAAGACAGUGCAGAUCCGCAAGCACAACAAAUUGCUAAAAACACGAAUGGUAUUGUUUUCCUUGGCGUCCCUCAUCGUGGUUCACCUAUUGCCAAAUGGAAACAGCACAUGCAAAUGCUCUUGUCACCCUCUAUAGAAGUCAAGGAGAUGGAAGAAAAUGCUCCCAGACUCCUAGCGUUACAUGAACGCUUUAUGAACUGCCUUCGAUCAAGUUUCCGUCACAUGAAAGUUGUCAGUAUUGCCGAAGGUUCACCGACUAUGUUAACUUCAUUUAAAUUUCCGUUGCGCAUUGUUACCGAAGAAUCCGCUUGCAUAAAUCAUGGUGAUUUUUAUGUUCUGAAAGAUGAUCAUUUGAGUUUAUCAAAGCCCAUCUUUAGGCAAUCAUUUUUAUAUCAGCGCCUGUUGCAGGUCAUAGAUGAAACAGUAAAUGAAAACCUGAAGCCAGAUUUAAAGGAACAACUGCCAAUAAAAAAGUUUGAAACACAUUCUUUGAAAUCUACCACUCCACAGAAUGCCAGCCUAUUGCAACAAACCAAAGACAUUUUAUCAUUAAUUCCACAAAUUCUUUUCAAAUUUUCAACUACUUAAAUUUGAAUUUAAGAAAAAUUCUCACAACAAAUGCUCAUAUCUCGGUAAAAUACCAAGAGACAUAUUAGAAAUACACCUGCUUAAAUGUCUUAAAUGGUGUUAUUUCAAUAUAUUAUGUACUACUUAAAUUUGAAUUUAAGAAAAAUUCUCACAAGAAAUGCUCAUAUCUCGGUAAAAUACCAAGAGACAUAUUAGAAAUACACCUGCUUAAAUGUCUUAAAUGGUGUUAUUUCAAUAUAUUAUGUAAAUAGUAUUAUUUGUACUUAAUAUUUAUUAAAUUCUAUGUAUGUGUAAACGGUCUGCCAUUCCCUCUCAAAUAUCAUCAACAUUUCAUUCUUUUAAAAUAUCUAGUAUUAGUAAAUUUUUUUAGGAACUUAUAGUUCAUUUUUAUACGAUUUUUUUAUCAAUAAUACUUUCCAAAAUCCUGUAUGGAACUUAUUGAAUCCAUUUGUACAUGUUAUUAAAUGUUAGUAUUUUGUAUUUAUUUUUUAAUUAUAUUUAAAUAAGUUAUUUAAUUUUAUGAAAGUGUCCUUAUACGAUGUAAUAGAAAUGACUCAAAGUAAUAAAUUGCUCGUAAUUUUUAAAAUAUUUAAUAAAUAAAAUAAUUAAAAAUAUUUAUA